GUGGCCGAGGUGAGAAACUGGCGGUGCUGCUGCCUCGGCAGCACCUGUUGGUGCCGGAGCCUCGUGCUGGUGUGCGUGCUGGCCGCCCUGUGCUUCGCUUCCCUGGCCCUGGUCCGCCGCUACCUGCAGCAUCUCCUGCUCUGGGUGGAGAGCCUCGACUCGCUGCUCGGUGUCCUGCUCUUCGUCGUGGGCUUCAUCGUGGUCUCCUUCCCCUGCGGCUGGGGCUACAUCGUGCUCAACGUGGCGGCCGGCUACCUGUACGGCUUCGUGCUAGGCAUGGGGCUCAUGGUGGUGGGCGUCCUCAUCGGCACCUUCAUCGCUCAUGUGGUUUGCAAGCGGCUGCUCACCGCCUGGGUGGCCGCCAGGAUCCAGAGCAGCGACAAGCUGAGCGCCGUUAUCCGCGUCGUGGAGGGAGGAAGCGGCCUGAAGGUGGUGGCCCUGGCCCGGCUGACUCCCAUACCUUUUGGGCUUCAGAAUGCAGUGUUUUCGAUUGCUGACCUUUCCUUACCCAACUAUCUCAUGGCAUCUUCGGUUGGACUGCUUCCCACUCAGCUUCUCAACUCUUACCUGGGUACCACCCUGCGGACAAUGGAAGAUGUCAUCGCAGAACAAAGUGUUAGUGGAUAUUUUGUCUUUUGUUUACAGAUUGUUAUAAGCAUAGGCCUCAUGUUUUAUGUAGUCCAUCGAGCUCAAGUGGAACUGAAUGCAGCUAUCGUAGCUUGUGAGAUGGAACUGAAAACCUCUCUGGUUAAAGGCAGUCAGCCAGAUCCCAGUGGCUCUCCCUUCUACAACAAGAGGACCCUCACGUUUUCUGGAGUCCAUACUCUUGAUAAACAAUCAUAUCAUCAAGUCUCUGUCAUUAGAAUGUUCGCUUUGAGUUUAUAUUCGGAAGUGACUGGAUUUAUUCAGGGCCAGCCAUACUCACCCUUGAUGCACUGUAACCAGCUGCUAAUGUUCCACGAUGGUUUUCCCCAGUGCUCACCUACUGGACUGUCAGACAGUUUCCUCCCUGUGAAGCUGUGAAGGUCAGUGUUCGUUUGCCCUCACUGUAAACGAAUUAAGCAGUAGAGGUGCUCCCCUGUCCCCAGCAGCAUAUGUAUUUACCUGUGGUGGCAAUCUGAACUCUUCCUGGGGAAGUUGCUAGGACUUAAAUUUGUUGUCCAUGAGACUCUCUUUCCAGUUCUUAAAAGCCACUAGGUGUGUACCACAUUGGUGCAAAUAAAUCCAUACUGUGUGGCAGGUGCAUGCCGUUCACAGAAAAGGAGCAUUUGAUGAGAAGAAGAGGUUUAUUGUGAAGCUAGAGAACAACUGUAACUAGGUUGAUGGCCUUGGUGCUGAGAUUUUGUUUCAGCUAAAGGCUACACCUAGGCUGUGAAUGAUACUCCAUGUAAUACUGUCAGGCUUCUCAGAUUCGAUUUUUCUGGUUUCUCUUAUGAUAAGGUAUUUAGGAUAUAUAUUUUUAAAGGUCAUUGCUUCAAUCUGAAAAGCCAUUUAAAUGGGGAGAGGAAUUACUCUCGUAGGAUAUUUAAAACUCAGGAGGUCAAGUAAACCCACAUAUUGACCAGACACUGUUGACUUUGCAGCUGAAUUAUAACCUGGCGUGUCUGAGCUGCAGAGUGACCGCUGCAAGCUGUUCUCAAAGGUGGUUGGGAUUUCAGUGGAGAGCUCUAACAGUGAAGCAGUGCAAUGUCUUGAAAAUUGGUAUCCCACAUCACUCGUGUGCCUAAGAAAAUAAAAGGAAAUGUUUUAUUUUU